GAUCUCCUUCUCACAAACUGCUCUCCCCUCACAGAGAGCCCUUUUGGUUUCAGUUUACAGAGAGCUCUCACCCGAUCAUUCACACUGCUCUGCCUCUUACCUGUGGUCGCCACCGAACUUUUAGGUCGCACUCCUGUCAGCUUCCGACCUAGCAACUCAGGCGACCACCACCCUCUCUCGUGCUUUGUGCUCACAGGUUACAGAGCCUUAACUCGCUCACACUACUCUGCCUCUGCCUUUGGCUGCCUCCGACCCUAUGGUCUCAGAACUUGCACCCUCGCUAGCCUCCGACCUUGCACCUCAGGCAACCUCCACCCUCGUAGUUCGCGCUUAUAGGUCACAACUUUCACGUCCACUCAUCUCUGCCUCCUGCAUGUGGCCGCCUCUCCGGUCUCGGACCUCGCACCCCUGCCAACCUCCGACCCUUGCCACUUUGCGCCUUUGUGGGUCCUUUGCCAAGUCUCAAUUUUUUAGUUGUUUUCUUGUUUCUUCACCUGCUGCAAAUACUGAAUCCGUCCCCACCUCAAAGCUGAGAGCUUGGUGCUACUUGGUGAUUCAUUCUUCCGUGAGAGGGAGUAUUAUAGAGCUAUUCAUAGCUACAAGCAAGCUUUGCAGUACAAGAUGGUCCCCAAACAGAAUGUGCAACUGUGCCGUAGUUCAAUACCAUCAAACAGGUCGCCGUCUCCGAAUUCUUGCAAUGCAUCAGGAAUCAACGAGAAUGAGAUGUCAGGUUCUAAAAAAAAUGAAAAAACACUUGUCCAUUAAAGGAGCAAAAAAUGAUCAAUAAAGAGCAAGAGGAUAAGUUGAAUGAUGCUGAGCACAAGUUAAAAGAUCAAGGACAUCAACUAAAAGUUCAACAAAAAAAAAAAAGAUUGGUUCUACUGAAAAGACACUUCAUACUUUAUGUAAAAAGUUGAAUCUUUCACUUCCUUCAACUAUGUUUGUUUCUGCCCAAGAUGAGCUUGGGACAAGUUUUAAUGAUAAUAUGAGUGAUUGAUGUCUAGAGUAUAUGUUUUUUUCUUAUUUAGAUUAAGG